ACCCGCAGAGCUCAUCUCCGCAGAGGACUGCACAUAGCCUCUUCUCACCGCUACAACUCUGCAACAACUGUUGAACUUUUAGACCCCUUUUAGCGUUUUUUAGCCUCAAAAAUGGCCCCCAAGAAGAGCGCAGUCGCCAAGAGAGCUCGACAGAAGAGUGAAAGUAAAACUACCGAUAAGGAGGACAGAAGUCGGCGGGAGAACUCGGGUACAGCCGGCGGGGCGCUGGUGUGCUGUACGCCGCGCGGGUGUGGGGAGGGCGGCACGGUAACGCUAGACCAGAACAGUGCAGUGAGGAUGGUGUGUACCAACACCAAAUGUGACCAGGGUAAUCUAAUGCACAAGGCUUGCUUUGAGGCUUACGAGGAGUAUUUGCUGAAGAUGCUGGUGAAAAGCGGCCGGUCGAACCGUAUGCGCUGUACGGAUGCACAGAUGCGCCAAGGGCUGUGGACAAAAAUCUGGCAUAUCACCAGCAAGUUUAGUGUCUGUAACUGUGGCGGACAUCUAAGAAAGGACAUAGACUGGGAACCAGCAGAAGAGGAACCACAGGCUCCGGUACCCAAAGCAGGGAAAAAGAAGUCCACUGAAAAACCCAGUCUGGUGGGCUACUCCAACAGGAAAGGCACCAAGGGACAGACAAAGUCCAAACUUAUACAUCAUGUGAACAACAACAUCAAGAAAAGUGGUACGAUUCACAGUGUGAAGAAAGAAGAGGAACAAGCACAGACUGGUAAGAAUGACCAAUCGUAUCCUCCAGCACAGUCAUGUGACCUGUCACCAGAGUGCGAGAUUGGUGAUGAUGAUGAUGCAGAGCCUUCAGCCCUUUUGGGUUACCUUGGCUGUUCCAACAUACCUUACACCCUCCCUGUGGAUGAGCAUCCAGACUUCGGUUAUGAAACUUACGAUAUGCAUGCUGUUAGCUCUUCCAAUAGCUAUUCAUCCCUCCCCACCUCUACUGAGGAUAAUGAAAUCCACUGUUCCAACAGCCACCCUACCUCCCCAAACAGUGAGCUACCCAACUCCUUAGUGGAGUGCUUUGCUGUUUGGUGGGUGAAUGAAGGAUGGAGGGAGUGUGCAUUUUAUAUGGAACAGCAGGGUCUUAACAUGAAACACCUGAUCUCAGCACAUGAACUUGAGAUGACCUUGGAGCUGACCUCUGACCCUGCCAUCCCUGUUGCUAAGCAACUAGAACCAUGGUUACAGGAUGAAGGUUGGCAGGGAUUUGUGCAGCACUAUGCAGAGAGGUCAGAGGUCACUGAACUUGUAGGGUCAGAGUUCAGCUGGUAGAACCAGUUUAUCACAGUAUUUAUUAUUGAUACUAGUGUAGGCAAGUGUAGUUAUAGAUGUGCUAUCUUCAUUGCAUGAUUUUAGUCUUUAUUUUUUCCAGUAUUUGGUAUUUUUAAACUAACAUUACUUGUUUAUAUCUGACCUCAGUUCCCUAAGUUUAUAACUUGAAGUUUUCUUUUUAGCCUGUCUAGUACAGACUGUUGUAGCUGACUUGGAAUGUCAAUUUUCUUACUUCCUGUAUUGUUUGUAUCUGUAGAAAUGACACUCACAAUGAAGACAUCAGGGACCAAUCAGAACUGGAAAUAAUGGCCAUAUACUCAGGAGUAUGGAAGUUAUACACAGUAGUAUGGAAGUUAUACACAGUAGUAUGGAAGUUAUACACAGUAGUAUGGAAGUUAUACACAGUAGUAUGGAAUGUAACUUGAAUGUAA